CACACUGAAAAAAAGGUCUGGGGCUCGAGCAGCUGGUAUUCCAUCCUCGAGCUCUCCCUGAGCCGCUCAGACAAGCCGCACGCGCGCUCCUGUCCACCUCCGUCCUUGUCGCAGACCGGUGCCUCUGUCUCCGUCGGGAUAACCGAGCACAUUUCUCCUUUGUUGCCGAGAACACACGCUGACCAAACAUGGAGGCCAUCAAGAAGAAAAUGCAGAUGCUGAAGCUGGAUAAGGAGAACGCGAUAGACCGGGCAGAGCAGGCUGAGGGGGACAAGAAAGGAGCAGAGGACAAAUGCAAACAGCUGGAGGAGGAGCUGCUGGGUCUGCAGAAGAAGCUGAAAGGGGUGGAGGAUGAGCUGGACAAGUACUCGGAGUCCCUGAAGGAUGCCCAGGAGAAGCUGGAGCAGGCAGAGAAGAAGGCAGCAGAUGCUGAGGCAGAAGUGGCAUCUCUAAACAGGCGUAUCCAGCUGGUGGAGGAGGAGUUGGACCGAGCUCAGGAGAGACUGGCUACCGCUCUGCAGAAGCUGGAGGAGGCUGAGAAAGCUGCAGAUGAGAGUGAGAGAGGAAUGAAGGUUAUCGAGAACAGAGCAACGAAAGAUGAGGAGAAAAUGGAGAUCCAGGAGAUGCAGCUGAAGGAGGCCAAACACAUCGCUGAGGAAGCCGACCGCAAAUAUGAAGAGGUUGCACGUAAACUGGUGAUCCUGGAGGGUGAUCUGGAGCGCUCGGAGGAACGCGCUGAGGUGGCCGAAGCUAAAUCAGGUGACCUUGAGGAAGAGUUGAAAAAUGUCACCAACAACUUGAAGUCACUGGAAGCCCAGGCUGAGAAGUACUCACAAAAGGAGGACAAAUAUGAAGAAGAAAUUAAAGUUCUUACUGACAAACUGAAAGAGGCUGAGACCCGUGCAGAGUUUGCAGAGAGAUCUGUGGCCAAACUGGAGAAGACCAUUGAUGAUCUGGAAGAGAAACUGGCCCAAGCCAAAGAAGAGAACCUGGACAUGCACCAGGUGUUGGACCAAACCCUUCUGGAGCUCAACAAUCUAUAGAGACCUCUAUAGAGCCGCCUGAAGGAUGGCCCAAAAGAUUGCGCAAGGCAAAAAAAAUCUCCAAUCCAAAGCUCCCAGUAUACACACUUACAGAUAGAAUCUUAGUGUAACAUCAACGGUUGUUAAAAACAAAAAAUAGAAGUAAAUGUUAGAAUUGGUUCAGAUAUAAAACUGUGGAGGCCCUGAAGUGAAAUGAACAAGAAAGUUUCUACUGCAAACUGAAAGCUAUUUUGUGUGCACUAGGAACUGUUGCAGGCACUGCAUAUUUCAUCAGAAGUUAUCUUAUCAUCACUAAAAAGUUCCUUGCAUGCACAUGUAACUACACUAUCUUGUGUACACUAGAAAGUCACUCGUGCACAAAUAUCUUUGUUUGUACUAGAAAGUUUCACUUGUUUGACCAAACAUAAUGAAGCUUUUCUCAUUGGACACAGUCAUGAAUGUAUUAGAGCCCACUUAUGUAUUGUAAUCUUUUAAGAGUAACUACACGCUAAAUUGUUUUUUUGCAAAUGCAUAAUCACAUCGUUUUGUCGGCAUAUGAGGUUCUGCUUAAAUUUAGCUAGUUUCUGUCUGCUUGGAUUUGAAACCGCGAAUACUCCAAGGGCUGUACAUUGAUCACACACUACAUAACUACAGCUUCCUCUGUUGCAUUUUUUAAAAAUAUGCUGGGAGAGAGGCAUCUGGCAUAAGUCUAGUUAUAUUUUAAGAGUAAUGAUAAGCAACUGCACACAAGAAACCAGUCUCCUUCACACAACAUAGUUUCUAGCAUGCAUUAGAAACCUUUUGUUUUUUUUUUCAGGUUUUUUUCCUGUUCCCUCAAGAAAAACAACAGCAUUAGUUGUUGGCCUAUGUUUAAGUGUCACUGAUAGGAACCGUGUGAAUUAAUCCUUAGGAGGCAGUUGUUAGUUCCCCUUUUCUUACCAAGUCAUUUUUAUGCUUACACCAAUCGAAAUUUUAACCACGGGGGGGGGGGGUUGUGUGGAGGAUUUGUUGAAAUGUCUUUGCUUACCCUGUGCAGCAACAUUCAAGUUGUAUUGCCUUCAAAACCACAUGUAGUGUGUGUGUUGUAUUGUAUAUUUUAUAGUAAAUUUAACCACUUCUAAACAGGCUACAUUAUUUAAAGGCAUUUUUAGGAGGUAAUUUUUUAAGCGGGUAUUUUUUUAGGUUAAAAAGUAUGACACCUCAGUAUUUGAACUAAAAAGUCAACAUUAGAAUAUUAAUUGAAUUCAAUUGCUAGUUGAACAAACCAGUGGGAAUAUGAGCGUGGGACAGAUUUUCCAUGUUAAAAGAUGAAACGAAUGAUGUGCUGGGAGCUGCAACACUGACAGCUUUAUAAAUUGUUUAAAAAAAGUGCAUUCCUGAAAUAAUAAACAUCUUAUUUCCAAGA